UGUGUUCGAAGAUGCUGUGCGUGUGGCUGCUGUUGCUGGCUUUGAGUGUCCUGGAUUGCCAGGCCGAUUGUAAUGUGUGCUCCGUAUCCUCCAAUGUGGCCUGCGUGUCGGAGACACAGUUCAUGUUCUGCGAAAAUAAUUUACCCGUUCAGCCAGUGAAUAGCUGUCCGUCGGGACUGUUCUGCACGGCUCAGGGUUCAAUUUGCCAGAGCGACAACACGUUAACAUCGUGCUCUGGCUGUGGCAAAUGCAACGACGCAGGUAGCUUUGCCUGCAUGGGUGUUCGUACGUUCAUCCUGUGCCUCGGCUCGAACCAGCUAUCGCAAAUCUCAGGCAGCUGUGCACCAAACUAUGUGUGCAACAUGGACAAUCCCAACAUUUGCGGCACUGCAUCGAAUGGCUUCCAAGCCACCUGCCCCCUCGUCGAUGAUGAGCUGUCAACCACAAUAGUUCCGGGCGGUAAUAUCGAUGCGAAUACUUAUUGCAGAUAUAUCCAGCAGGCUGGACGCUUUCCCUAUGGCAGUACGCUCGAAACCACCUGCAAACAAUACAUUUAUUGUUUUAUGAACGGCACCAUUUGGUACGGGGGCCUCUACAACUGCCCGGGAAGUACAUAUUUCCAGCCCAGCGCGCAUUUGUGCAACACCUCAAUUCCAACAACCUGCACCUCAGCUGUGCGCAGCUUGCAACUGCUGAAUUUGCGAUUGCCCUAAAUGAGAAUAAACCAAUCGAUGCCAGCUGAAUGGAGGUCAGCUAAUGAACUAUUUGUUCAUUAAAAGAUCAAAUAUUGUUUGUAUUUAGUCUUAUAAAUAUAGCCUCAGCACUCGCUUAAUGACUUAUUCUUAG